UCUUUCCCUCCAGCUUCAAGAAAGGCGAAACUCUGGGCGGGGGAGGCGAAGUUCGCGUGGCUUCGCCCUACUCCGCCCCGCCUUGGCCGCUGCAUCUUCUCACCCUCCUCUCAGUGCUCCAGGCUCCAUGGCGCGAUGGGAGUCGGAGGCGUCGAGCUGCGGCCCGCUCUGCGAGUUGUGCGCGCCUCCGGAGGAGCCGAGGACGGCGGAGUGGAGCUGCCUCACCUGCCAGAGCUCCUUCUGCGAGGCCCACGCGCGGCCCCACCUGGGCGAGGAUGGCGGCGGCGUGGCCGGCGCGGCUUUCCGAGGCCACCGCGUGCGCCCGGCCCAGGAGGCGGCGGAGGAGCUGCGCUCUCUGCAGGAACUGGCGCCCUGCUGCUCAGACCACCGCGGCCGCCCCUUGGAGCUUUUCUGCGAGGAGUGCGCGCUCUGCGUGUGCGCGCUUUGCCCGGCGCUGGGCCCUCACCGCGGCCACCGGGUCAGCCUCGUCGCCCAAGCGGCCAGAGGGAAACAGGUGAUGAUGGCAUCAUGCUUGAAGCAGUUAUCAUUGAAGAAGAAGCAGGAAACUGACAACACAAAGCAUAUUGAAAAAGCUGCUAAUGACCUUAAGGAACACAUGACGGCAAGUAAAACUUGGUUGACAGGGAAGCUUGCGGAAAUCCGCCUAUUGUUUGAGGAGGAAGAGGUAUUGGCCAAACAAUACAUAGAGGAGAAGGGCCAACAGAUCCUGAGGAAGUAUGAAGAGCAGAUGGAGGAGAGUGAGAGGCAAAUAAGGCUCAUAGACAGUUUCUCAGACAGGAUCAGACAAAUCCAGCUGCGGCCAGACCCUCUUUAUUUACUAAAGGACUAUACCACCGUAGAGAAGGAAAUAGCGAAGCAGAAAAUACCCGCAGAGCAGUGGGUAGCAGUGCCCAUCUCAUUUGAGCACCUCGUCAACCAUGUCAGACGUUUUGUGGAGACCAUUCAGUCCAUCUUGCGGAAGCCACUCAAAACACGACUCAAGGAAGAUGUUUUCAGCAGUCUCGACUCCACUUUGAAGAAGGAGCCCGGUGUCUUGCUGAAAGUGAACUCUUGCACUGAUCGGUUGCUCUUUCUAAAGCAUGCAAGAUCCCCCACACUGCAGUUGGAUACUUUGCACCCCAGGUUGACGUUGUCCAAGGACCUUCUUUCUGUAAACUGCUGCUGGAGGUGGAGGUUUUAUCCCUCAAGUCCACAGAGGUUUGACAGCCUCUGGCAAGUCCUGAGCAGAGAUUCUUUCUGUAGCGGGAGCCAUUACUGGGAAGUGGAUUUGAUCCAAGCAGGCCAAGGGUGGUGGAUCGGAGCCACUUACCCUUCCAUCAAGAGAAAAGGAGAUUCUGAACUUUGCCGGCUGGGCUGGAAUCGGGCAUCCUGGUGUAUCAAAAGGUUUGAUUUUGAAUACUGGGCAUUCCACAAUGGGGAGAAAAUCCCAAUACGAACAGAAGAUGAUCCAGAAAGAGUUGGAGUGUUUCUGGAUUACGAAGCCGGGCUUCUGUCUUUCUAUAACAUAACGUUUGGGAUGGCACAUCUGCACACCUUCCGCUCCAAGUUCACUGAGCCGGUUUGUCCAGCACUGAGGUUGUGGGAAGGGACUAUAACAAUCCGUACGCUAACUUGAGCAACAGUGGUGCCAUAACAUGGCACAAUUUCUUAUUGGAUGUAAAAACAGCCACAUCCCUUAUAACUACUGCACAAAGCACUUCAGAUUUUGAAAAUGAGAAAGAGGGGAAACAACCAUUUGAAAAUACAAUCCUGAAUCAUUUCCUAGUUACCAAGACAUCCCAGAAAGACUGCUGUAUGUUUGGGGCUUCGUGUGUACCAUAGUUGCAAUGCAAGCACAAUUUGAUAUUGGUACUGCAGAAUCCAGCAUCCUAAGAACAUCACUUUCUUUUCUGCAAAAAAAAAAAAAGUUUUCUAGUCCUAGCAUGGACAAUGGUGAGAAUGACAGUAGCAGAAGAUCCAUACAAAGCCAACAAAUGUGGCUUUUGAGUCUACCGUGUGGUCUCACUUCACCACAGCCAUUCAAAAUUGUUGAAUUCCUUGGGACCUUUUAUAUUCUGACCUACACCAGACUGUGAUGAUUAUACAAGACAUUUUGCAGUUCAAAUUCCUUGCAUUCAUUCUAAUUUAGGCUCCCUAUUAAACAUAGCUCCCAACAUU